GGAAGUAGAGACCCAACUCCAAAACAGCUUGGAAAUCGAAUAUCAGAACAGAAAGUAAGGAGGGAGAGGGAGAAAGGAAAGUCACUUCCUUGAAAAUAGGCUUUGUUUCUUCAUAGCAUUAGUGAGCAAAAUUUGUUUUCUUCCUCUUAUUAACAGCUACAGGGGAGAUGGCUUUAGAGGCGCUUAUUGAUUCCAAUUAUCCAUUGGAAAUCUGCUCCAUGAAAUCAUCUCAGGUGAGUGGAGACUUGGUGCAAUCCUCAAAUUCUGAUAAUGUGCAACAAAAAGACAGGCAGUUUCCAGACAUGCUAGCUUCACUUUUCGGCACAUUGUCAGGAAAUACUAUAGAUAUUUCAUCUAAAAUUCCACAACCAAAUGUGGGUGGGAUCUCUUCCAGCACUAAUUCAACUACUUUAAAUAGUUUGACCAACUUGGAACUGAGUGUUGGGACAGGUUCUUCGCUUACUGGGGUCAACUCAACUGUUUUGAGAGGUCCUAAUAUGCAAAGAAGUGCUGUUACUGAUAUGGAUCGACUUAAUUUGCCAGUAUUACCUUUCUCUUUACAUAAUUCAAGCAUUUCAGGAUUCUCUACUACCAAUGAUUCGUCUAUUGCACAAGAAGACUUCCAUUUAGGCCAAAACUGCUCUCUGGUGAAGAAAAGAAAACACCAACAAGGAUGCUUUAGUACCAAAUCUCAGUCUGGAAAGAGUCAUAAAUCAUUUCUUAAUGGUGAAAAACACGAGCUUUCUACUUCAGAUGAGAUGUGUAAAAAACUGAGAUUAGACAUUAAGCAAGAUGCUGUUCUAUACCAGCAUAUUGCUCAGCAACAACUACAAAGUGGAGACAAAGUGCAAUUGCAAAGUCAUUCUCCAUUGCUACAGACAUUAAUUCAACAACAUAAGCUAGAACAUCAGAGGCAGCAAAAGAUGUUGCAGUUCAUUACAGACUUACCAGGAGUUGAGAUGAAGAAGCAGAGGCAGCAACAAAUGAGGGACUACCUACAACAGCUGGAGUUGCAACAAGUACAUCAAAUGCACCCUAUCAACAGUAAUAUAUGUUCGCGCAGGCUGUCACAGUACAUGUACCAUCUGCAGCAUCGGCCACCAGAAAACAGAAUUGCCUACUGGAGGAAGUUUGUGGCAGAGUAUUUUGCUCCUUGUGCUAAAAAAAGGUGGUGUCUGUCUUUGUGUCAUAGUGUUAGACUUCGUGCCAUCAAUCUCUUCCCGCAGGCAGCUAUGGACACAUGGAAGUGUGAGUUAUGUGGCACUAAAUCUGGAAGGGGGUUUGAGGCAACUUUUGAAAUGCUUCCUAGGCUGAAUAAAGUUCAGUUUGAGAGUGGUAUUUUUGAUGAACUUUUAUUUCUGGAAUUGCCACGCGAGUACGGACUCCCUUCUGGGUUAAUGGUGUUGGAAUAUGGUAAGGCAGUUCAUGAAACUGUGUUUGAACAAUUUCGUAUUAUUCGAGAGGGCCAACUCCGCAUUGUCUUCACUCUCGAUUUGAAGAUACUGUCUUGGGAAUUCUGCUCAAGGGACCAUGAAGAACUGUUGCAUCGAAGUUUAAUUGCAUCACAGGUUAAUAAGUUUGUCCAUGCUGCACAAAAAUAUCAAGCAGCCAUUAGCAAUGGUGGAUCGGAUAAGACAUCAUCACACAAUCAAGAAGAAAAUCAAGCCAUGUUAUUGUCAGCUGGAUGCAAGCUUGGAAAAAAGUUUGAUAUACAGCUGGUUGGAGAGUUGGGGUUUCCGAAAAGAUUCAUCCGGUGCUUGCAGAUAGCUGACAUUUUCAAUAGCAUGAGAGAUUUGAUGACUUUGAGCUGGAAGAAUAAAAUUGGACCAAUUGAGAGCUUGAAGAAUUAUUCCCAAAAAAUUACUGAGACCAAAUUGCAGAAAGAUGAAUUUCAGGCAAAGGAAAAGCUUGAUAUUUUACAGGGCAUGGCAACUGAUGCAACUAACUUAUCAUCUACUUCUCAUGGUCAUAACAGCAAUGGGAAUGAUAACUCAAACAUAAGCAAGGAUGGACUUUUAACAAGCUCAGAAAAGGCAGCCUUGGCACAUCCUGGUGAUUACUGCAAAUUGCUAAGACAAACCUCCCUUAGUUCAAAUAUUAGCAAAUUGAAGGAGUCUUCUUGUUUAUUCAUGUUUACUGACCACAAGGGAGCAUUUCAAGAUCCCAAUUCCUUGAAACUGGAUUUUAGCCAUAACUUAACUCGUCCAAGUUCACAUUUCCCUGAAAGCACCCGAAACCUACAAGACGCUAUGAUUCAAAAAUUGCUUCUAGAGAUGUUCAAUGAUUGUGAAGCAAUGAAUCAGGCUGAGAAGGAAGCAGUAAAUCAUAAUAUCAAUAGUGUACUGGCAAGCAAGAUGACGAAUGCUAAGGGAACAGGUACUUCUGGUGAUGCAACAACAUCCAAGAGUGGCAUUGUGGCAAAGGCAAGUGGUUUUGUUGAGGCUGCUUCUUUUAUGGACUCUUCCAAGGAUUGUGGAAUCACAAGAGAACCAACUCUGCAGAAAAGGUCUAUUUUGCCUGAGGUCCUGGCUAUGUUUAAUGGGUUAAAAGAAAAUGAGAUUGCCAAAGUCAUUCAUGGAAGUAGCAUUGGCUAUGAUUGGAAGACAUGACCAUCUCAUUUCGUCUAUAAUUAUUUUGGGCUCUGCCAUUGGGGAUUAAUGCUUAGUUGAAAGUAGCUGUACAGAAGGUAUGAAGAAGCCUUUUUUUGGAUAAUAGUUUCUUUUUGUGAUUUUGAUUAUAUUCUCAAUGAUUUUGGUAUAUCAACAUGAUCUGCAAGAUUUCAAGCCUGUAUCAUAAUGCUCUUGUUUUGUUAGGGAAGAUCAGCAGGUGCAAAGCAAGUGUAAAGCAACAUCCCCCAGUCAUAAUAUGAUUAUUACUAUUCUAUUAUAUUAUCUCUACCCUUUGUUGAUUUUGGAUUCUAAUGUCUGACUACUUUAUACAUUGUGGAUUUCCAUACAAUGCAGAAAUGUUUUUAGUUCGAGAUA